AAAAAAAAGUUCAUCGAAAUUAAAAACACACGAACAAAAUUUUAUUUUAUUGUAAAAUAGGUGAGCUGGAACAAAAAAGGUCAAAACGAAAAAGUAUAAAAAGAAAAAGAGAAAACGAAAAAGGAAAAUCAAAUUGCUUUUGGAUUUUUUUGUUUCUAAACCACAUUAAGGGCAUGUAUGACAGAAGAAGACCGUUCAUUUAAAAAACUCAAAAAUUAAAAAAGAAAAGAAAUUAAAAUUAUGGAAGGUGGAAUUAGAGUGAGAAGGGACUGUUGGUGGUGUUAUGUUGGUAAAUUAUUUGGCCUUUUCUAUUUUCUUUUGUUCUUUUUAUUAUUAUUAUGCAGAUUGUUAUUGACAUUCUUCCUUUCAUAUCAAUCAUCUAAAAUAAACACCCUUUUUUCGCAUUUAUUAUUUUAUUUUUAUUUCGUUGUUAUUAAUAUUUUUGAAAUAUUCGAUGAUGAUAAUUCUACGCCUCUCUCUCUCUUCCUUGACUAUCACGGUGUUAUUUUAGUUAAAGGGAAAGAGAGGAAUAGGAAGGAAAAAAAAAAAAAAAAUUAGAUUCUUCUCUGUUUGUUGGUUUGGAGGAACCCUAGUUUUUCUUCUCUGAGCUAGUUUGGGAAAUUUCUGGGGGUUUGAAGUGGGAAAUUUCUCUGCUUUGGAUCUUGAUCCUCUUCUUCAAUGGAGGGUGGUUCAGAAGGGGAAGAUCACAACAUCAAGAAUAGUGAGAAUAAUAAUGAAAGUAGCAAAAUUAAUAAUUCAAAUGAGGGACAGAGCAAGCCCAAGCGCCAGAUGAAGACCCCCUUCCAGCUUGAAACCCUCGAGAAAGCUUAUGCCUUGGAAACGUACCCGUCGGAGUCGAUGAGGGCCGACCUGUCGGAGAAAUUAGGCCUCUCCGAUCGGCAAUUGCAGAUGUGGUUCUGUCACAGAAGGUUGAAAGACAAAAAAGAAGGAGGACCCCCAAAAAAGGCGCGGAAAACUGUAGCGGCGUUGCCGGAAUCUCCCAUUGAUGAAUUGAGGGCAGGCCAUGAACCGGGUAGUGACUAUGGGUCGGGUUCCGGUUCGGGUUCUAGCCCGUUUGGUCAUACUGAGUUACGGAAUGCGGUGUCUAGGAGUGUCGGAGAUGAUAUGCCGAUGGGGAGGAGAUACUACGAGUCCCGGCAGACUAUAAUGGAGCUAAGAGCGAUUGCUUGUGUGGAGGCACAGUUGGGAGAGCCAUUGAGGGACGACGGCCCGGUCCUUGGGAUAGAGUUUGAUCCGUUGCCACCUGAUGCAUUCGGGGCACCUUUAGCAGUUGCAGAACAGCAGAAGCGGUCUGGGCAUCAUCCUUUUGAGGGAAAAUCAUACGAGCGACAUGAUGCAAAAUCAAAUAAAGCUACCACAAGGGUUCUCUAUGAGUAUCCAUUCCUUCAGGACCAGUCUACUUCAGCAGUUGAUGUUCUGCCUGGCAGAACUUCAUCGUUUGCUGUAGUAAAUGAACAGUUAUCAAGGGCCCAUGUUGUCCAAGGUCAAGUAUCUCGAGUUCGUCUUUUGUCCCAACAGGACAAACAAGGAGUUGCCUUUCCAUCACCACCUAGAGAUGAUGACCGUGUGCCACAAAGGGACUCUUUUACAAAUAGUAGAAUGAUUAGUGACCAUCCAAUUAUUGUCUCAGACAAUCCAUAUGGGUCUGAUGGACAAAUUAUCCCCAGUGAUACCGUUUUGAGGAUGGAGAGGAAACGCAAGAGUGAAGAAGCUAGACUUGCAAAAGAAGUUGAAGCUCAUGAGAUUCGUCUCCGAAAAGAGCUUGAAAAACAAGAUAAUCUUAGGCGAAAGAAUGAGGAACGACUGAGAAAGGAAAUGGAAAAGCAAGAUCGUGAAAGACGGAAAGAAGAAGAGAGGUUGAUGCGUGAAAAGCAACGAGAAGAGGAAAGAUCAAGACGGGAGCAAAGGCGUGAAAUGGAACGGAGGGAAAAGUUUUUGCAAAAAGAAUCUUUAAGAGCUGAGAAGAGGAGGCAAAAAGAAGAGCUUCGCAAAGAGAGAGAGGCAGUAAGACGCAAAGCUGCAAUUGAGAAGGCUACUGCACGCAGAAUAGCUAGAGAGUCAAUGGAGCUUAUUGAGGAUGAACAACUUGAACUGAUGGAAAUUGCUGCUGCAAGCAAGGGAUUAUCCUCAAUUAUCAGUCUUGAUCAUGACACUUUGCAAAACCUUGAGUCAUUUAGAGAUUUGCUUGGUCAAUUCCCACCUAUGUCCGUGCAGCUGAAAAGACCAUUAGCAAUUCAGCCAUGGAUCAAUUCAGAGGAGAAUAUUGGCAAUCUUCUCAUGAUAUGGAGGUUUUUGAUUACUUUUGCUGAUGUUCUUGAGUUAUGGCCUUUUACACUAGAUGAAUUUAUUCAAGGUUUUCAUGACUAUGAUUCGAGGUUGUUGGGGGAGAUUCAUGUUGCUCUUUUGAAGUUGAUAAUAAAAGAUAUUGAAGAUGUUGCAAGGACACCUUCUUCUGGAUUAGGAACGAAUCAAAAUGGAGCUGCCAAUCCUGGAGGCGGCCAUCCACAGAUUGUUGAAGGGGCAUAUGCAUGGGGCUUUGACAUACGCAACUGGCAGAGGCACCUGAAUCCAUUGACAUGGCCUGAAAUAUUCCGACAGUUAGCGCUGUCUGCUGGAUUUGGGCCACAUCUGAAGAAAAGGAGUGUAUCAUGGCCAUGCUUGCCUGAUAAUCAUGAGGGUAAAGGUUGUGAAGAUGUAAUUUCGACACUCCGCAGUGGUUCAGCAGCUGAAAAUGCAUUUGCAAUAAUGCAAGAGAAAGGAUUAUUACUUCCACGAAGAUCUAGGCACAGACUUACUCCUGGAACAGUCAAAUUUGCUGCUUUUCAUGUUCUUUCACUUGAGGGAAGCAAGGGACUUACAGUAUUAGAACUUGCAGAUAAGAUUCAGAAAUCUGGACUUAGGGACCUGACAACCAGCAAGACCCCAGAGGCUUCAAUUUCUGUUGCUUUGACCAGGGAUGCUAAGCUUUUUGAAAGAAUAGCUCCUUCAACGUAUCGUGUACGAGCUGCUUACAGAAAAGAUCCUGCUGAUGCUGAGGCCAUACUUUCAGCAGCCAGAAAGAAAGUUCAGAUAUUUGAAAAUGGAUUUCUAGCUGCAGAGGAUGCUGAUGAUGUAGAAAGAGAUGAAGACUCUGAAUGUGAUGAUGUCGAUGAGGACCCUGAAGUUGAUGAGCUAGCUACUCCAUCAACUGCAAACAGAGACUCUGAUCAAUAUAAUGAAGUCAAUACUUGCUUAGAAAGUGGGAAAGAAAAUUUAUGCAAUGAUCCACUAAAUCUGCAAAAUGAAUUUGAUAAGGAUUCCUCUUCCGUUCCUUUGAUAGCUUCCAAGGAUGUGGACUGUUCAAGUGCUACCACUGAGCAAUAUGUUGUUGGUGAGGACAGAAAUGCAAGUAAUCCUGAAGAAGAAAAUAUGGAGAUUGAUGAGAGCAAGUCAGGUGAAUCUUGGACUCAAGGACUUACAGAAGGGGAAUAUUCUGAUCUUAGUGUAGAGGAGCGUCUUAAUGCUCUUGUUGCCUUAAUUGGUAUUGCAAAUGAAGGAAACUCUAUCCGUCUUGUUCUUGAGGAUCGUUUGGAAGCUGCAAAUGCUCUUAAGAAGCAAAUGUGGGGAGAAGCACAGCUUGAUAAAAGUCGCUUGAAAGAGGAGAAUAUAUCCAAAUUAGAUUUUCCAUCCUCAGUGGGAACCAAAGCCGAAAUGCAUCUUGCUAGUUCUGUUGUGGAGGGCAGCCAAAGUCCAUUACCAGAUCUUGAUAAUAGAAAUAUUGAAGCAUCUAAUAGAAAUAGUGAAGCAUCCCCAAGCAUUGCAGAAAAUCAAAAAUUAGUUAAUGUUUCUCACAUUAUUCCGAAUGACCUUAAUAGUGUUCCUGCAGAAAAAACAUCUGUAGCUCCUGAUUUUUCUAUGGGUCCUGAUAACUUUUUGACUCAGCAACAGGCUUUUGCAAAUAAAAGGUCACGUUCACAGUUGAAAUCUUAUAUUGCCCAUAGAGCUGAAGAAAUGUACGUGUACAGGUCCUUACCUCUUGGUCAAGAUCGCAGGCGUAAUAGGUACUGGCAAUUUGUUGCCUCUGCUUCCAGCAAUGAUCCCGGUUCAGGCAGGAUCUUUGUUGAAUUGCAUGAUGGAAAUUGGAGGCUUAUUGACACUGAAGAGGCUUUUGAGACUCUAUUAGGGUCUUUGGACUCACGUGGAAUAAGGGAAUCCCAUUUACGCUUGAUGUUGCAAAAGAUUGAGGCAUCCUUUAAGGAAAAUGUUCGAAGGAAUGUGCAGUGUUUGAGCACCGUAGGCGGAAAUGGAACUGUUGUCAAAAAUGAAGUGGAUGAAAUGAAUUCUAGUCCUGACUGCCAUGCUGCUUUUGACAGUCCAAGUAGUACUCUUUGUGGUUUAAAUCCUGAUUCAAUUGAAACAUCAUCUUCUUUCAGAAUUGAGCUAGGCAAAAGUGAAACUGAGAAGAAGGCUGCCUUGAGAAGGUAUCAAGAUUUUCAAAAGUGGAUGUUUAAGGAAUGCUUGAAUGCAUCAACGUUAUAUGCCAUGAAAUGUGGGAAAAAGAGGUGUGCACAGCUAUUGGAAAUUUGUGAUGGUUGUCUCACUACUUACUACUUUGAAGAUUCCCACUGCCUUUCUUGCCAUCAGACCUUUGGUACAAUGGGUAAUGAUUUUAAGUUUCCACAACAUGUGAUUCAAUGUAAAGAGAAAAGGAAAUUAGAGCUUCAGGAUAUCCAUAUUUUAGAUACUGCUCUUCCGUUAGGAAACAGACUGCUCAAGGUUUUGUUUGCUCUCAUAGAGGUAUCUGUUCCACUAGAAGCUCUCCAAUCCUCUUGGAUGGAGGACUUUCGAAAGAAUUGGGGUGUGAAGUUGAAUGUGUCAUCAUCCGUUGAGGAACUUCUACAGAUAUUCACUUUGUUUGAGAGUGUCAUGAAACGGGACUUUCUUUUGUCAAACUUUGCAUCAACAGGGGAAUUGCUGGGCUCCUGUAGUCAGCCAGGGGCUGCCGCACAUGAUUACUCAGAUCCUGGAUCAGUUACUGUACUUCCAUGGCUACCACAUACUAUUGCAGCUGUGGCUUUGAGGCUUUUUGAGCUGGAUGCAUCAAUUAUAUAUGUACCACAUGCAAAACCUGAGCCUGUUGAAGCCAAGGAAGUCAAAGAAUAUAUAAAACUUCCCACAAGAUUUGCUCCUUCAAGGAAUGAUAAAGAGAUCGAACUAGCAGAACUAAGCCACAGGGAACACAUGAAAGAGGAGAACUUUGCUCAUCUAAAAAGUGCACGUAAUAACUACAGACGUGGUAAAGGGGGUCGUGAUCAGCGCCGUGGUAAAAAGUUGCAACGAAGAGUUAACAACUCCAAAUCUAGUGCUGCCCGAAAAAAUGCUAGAACCAAUGAGAAUACAACUCAAGGAUUAAGACAGCUGGGACGAAGGCCACUUGGACAAGGAGGUGCACGGGGUCGCCGUACUAUUAGAAAGAGGAGAGUAGAGAACAGGGCUGUUGAGGAGACACUGCUAGGCCACAUCGCUGACACUCGCAGCAGCCCUGAGAGUGGAGGGGAAUCACCAAGAAACCUGGAUGAGGAAUGGGAUGAUGAAAAAAUCAAUAACAUUAAUGUGAAAGGUGAUGAUGUUAAUUCUGUAGAAGCAGUGGAAUCCGAUGACAACAAUGCCCAAGCAGAGGAGUAUGAGCAAGGAAAUUGGGAGCUUGGCUACGAUGGUGUUUCUGGUGGGUGGAAUGGAGAUUUAAUGGAAGUGAGUGAUGAAGAUGUGGAUGCUUCUGAAGAUGAUGAUGAUGAUGAUGACAAUGGCAUUGAAGAGGUUGGUGAUGGAGAUUCAGAAGAAGAUGUGGAUGUCAGUGAGGAGUCGGAUGGAAUACCGAACAGGAUUGAGAAUGAUGAAGGCUCUGAGUCAGCAGUUUCUGAAGAUUACAGUGAUGAUUGAGAUAUCAAUGUCAAUUGAUUGGUCCAUUAGCAUCUAAUACAUGUAUGCUGCAUAUUAUUUUUUAUUGUGCAGCUUCACUAGCGGCCAAACUAGUAUUAGGGGAUACACAGGUCAACAAUUUCCCCUUGUUUCUUUUCAUUUGAAAAUUUUUGAGUUAAUGGUUGAAACCGUAACUUGGUAGAGGUAAAAAAAAGUACUUGAUUAGAUCUCCAGUUGUAAUUCGUUAAUGGAAAUAGGCAUUGUAUUAAUCGUGUAACAGAAAAUUAUCCAAUAAAGGUAAAGCAAGUUAUACUUCAA